AUUUAAUAGUUUGCAAUAAUGUUUAGUAGAAUUUUCUACUAGAUUGUGCUUAGACGUCUUAGAUGUUAACCUUGAAAAGCUAUAAAAGUAAUGUCUGAAAGAGUUUCGUCGUCAGUCACUAACUAGUGAUCCUGUGGUGCAUUCAGCAUAUAUUUUUCGCAUUUGUUUGGAGUGAUCGUUCUCGAAAUAUCAUUCGCAGCAAUGUUUGGAAAAAGCAUAAUUUUGUAUUUGGCUGUCAUCAUUACAACCAGUUAUGGGCUAGACGGAUUACCGGAAUACAUUCACGUUUGCCCCAAAAAUGAGGAAGCCGUUCAAUGUAUUAUUGAUAACGUUGAACGUAUCAGACCGUACGCUGUAAAUGGUAUACCUGAAUUGGACAUUCCAGGCAUUGAUCCGUUGCAUUUAGGUGAUUUGUUGGUAUCGGAAAAGACGAAUAACAACGGUAUUACAAUUACUGCAAAAAAUUUGAAAGCGUAUGGUCCGUCAGCUUUCAAAGUGAAGAAACUUAACAUUGUCCGUUGGGGUGAGGAGUACCAUUUCGAUAUAUUCAUUCCGCAUGUUUACGUUGAGGGCACUUACAGCGUAGACGGGCAAGUUUUAUUACUACCCAUCAAGGGAUCCGGAAAAUUCACAGGCAAUUUCACUACAACCAGCGGUAGCGUAAAGGUCGUUCUAUCGAAAUAUUCGUCCAGUGAAAUCGUUAAGAUUCAAAAAAUUGAUAUCAAAAUCAAAUUGGGAAGUGGCAGCAUAAAAUUGAGAAAUUUGUUCAAUGGAGAUAAGGUCUUAGGUGAGGCAGUAAACGAUGUCAUCAACGACAAUUUCGAUUUGCUAAGCAAAGACAUUGUGCCGCUGGUUGAAAGAGCACUGCAAAAAACUUUUAAGAAACUCACAAAUAAAAUUAGUAACCGUUAUACACACGCACAGCUAUUUCCGACAGCACCAGCGUUUGAAAAUUCGGUUUCGUUCAGACAGUCGUUCACUGGUUACGGUUCCACAAAUAUGAAGAGCAUCAACUUGAAUAUUUUCUUGGUAAUAUCCACAGUAAGUACAUUUACAGUGGCUCAUACGGUACCGAAAAGUCAGUCAAAGAUUCCGGCUUACUUAAAAAUCUGCCAUCGCAAAGAUCCGAACCUCAAUGAAUGUGUGAAGGAGUCCAUUGAAACACUGCGACCGCAAUUGGCUGAAGGUAUAAAAGAGCUUUUGUUGCCAUCAUGCGAACCAUUGCAGAUACCACAAAUUGCGAUUAAACAAAAUUCGGGUGCUAUCAGCAUGGAAUCACUCUAUUCGAAUGUACUAGUCUAUGGACUGACUAAUUUCACAUUGAAUGGUGUCCGAGUUGACCCAGAGUCAGACAAGUUCAGAAUCAAAUUUUGGUUCCCAAAUUUGAAAAUGACUGGCAACUAUACCAUGCACGGCAAAAUGCUGUUGAUGCCUCUGAGUGGAAAUGGCACGUAUCGAGGGGAUUUUGGCGACGUCGAUGCCACAGCGUCGAUAAAGGCCGAUAGAAUAACGAAAAAUAAAGUGGAACAUCUGAAAGUAAAGGAUCUGUUCAUUGAAUUCAAUAUUGGCACAGCGGAAGUUCAUUUAGACGAUUUGUUUGAUGGCAAUUCGGAACUGGGUGAAGCAAUGAAUAAUUUCUUAAACGAAAAUUGGAAGAGUGUAGUAGCUGAAGUGCGACCAGCCGUAGAAGAUUCGAUUGGUAACAUUGUUGGAGGUAUAGCAGGAAGGUUAUUUGAUGAGUACUCAUUGGACCAAUUGCUUCCUGAGUGAUUUCAAUUUUCAUUAUUUCGUUUCAAAAGCAAGUUUUCGUUGUAAUAAAUCAUUCAUUGUGAGU